CCCGCGGGACCCGGGCAGCAGCAGGAGCCGCCACGGGCAGCGGAGAGGGAGGCGGAGCCCGAGGAGGAGGAGGAGGCGGUAACGGUGAUGGCGGCAGACGCCGAGCACAUCGAGAUGGGAGCGCCUCCAAUGCCAAGCGCCGACGAGGCCGCUGCCGCCGCUGCCUUCGCAGAAGUCACCACAGUGACAGUAGCCAACGUGGGGGCCUCUGCAGACAAUGUUUUCACCACAUCUGUGGCCAAUGCAGCUUCAAUUUCAGGACACGUGUUGUCUGGGAGAACAGCCCUCCAAAUUGGGGACAGCUUGAACCCUGAAAAAGCCACUCUGAUAGUGGUGCACACAGAUGGCAGCAUCGUUGAAACCACUGGGAUCAAGGGGCCUUCAGCACCUCUCACACCAGGACCACAGUCUCCUCCUACCCCUUUGACAGCUGUCCAGGGGAAGAGUGGAACCAAGUACAACUGGGACCCAUCUGUGUACGAGAACGAGCUGCCGGUGCGGUGCCGGAAUAUCAGUGGCAUUCUGUACAAGAACAGGCUGGGCUCAGGAGGCCGUGGCAGGUGCAUUAAGCAAGGGGACAACUGGUACAGCCCCACAGAGUUUGAAGCCAUGGCGGGGCGAGCCAGCAGCAAGGACUGGAAGAGGAGCAUCCGCUACGCUGGGCGGCCCCUGCAGUGCCUUAUCCAUGAUGGGAUUUUAAAUCCCCAUGCUGCCUCGUGUACUUGUGCCGCUUGCUGUGAUGACAUGACACUGAGUGGCCCUAUACGACUCUUUGUGCCAUACAAAAGGCGGAAAAAAGAAAAUGAAAUACCUGCAACUCCAGUGAAGAAGAAUUGCUCCAAAAACAUCACUCUGCUUCCAGCCACUGCUGCAACGACGUUCACCGUGACUCCCUCUGGACAGAUCACGACCUCCGGGGCGCUGACCUUUGACCGGGCGUCCACCGUGGAGGCCACGGCCAUCAUCUCAGAGAGCCCGGCACAAGGGGAUGUUUUCACUGGAGCCACUGUUCAGGACACCAACGUCCAGCAGCCUUGCCGGGUGUCUCAUCCAGAGCCUCACUAUCCCAGUUACCAGGACAACUGCCAGAUCUCACCUUUCCCUGAGGCUGCCCUGCCAACGUCUCAUCCCAAAAUCGUAAAGAAUUCAGUGAGGAGUGUCGAGGUCAGUGUUGGUAGAUGUGAAAAUCUUGGACUGAAUUUUAUGGCGGAUGUGUUGACCUCUCUGCCUGCCCUGGCAGUGCCCCCUGCGACACCCACCAAAGCCAUGUCGCCGUCGGUGGUGAACGGGCUGGAGGUGACGGAGCAGCGGAGCUGGCUCUACCUGGAGGAGAUGGUCAAUUCCCUGCUCAGCACAGCCCAGCAGCUGAAGACUCUGAUUGAGCAGGCCAAGCAGGCCAGCUCCUCCUUCCGUGAGGCCGCUGUCACACAGGCCAAGAUCCAGGCUGAUGUGGAGAGGAAAGAGCAAUACCAGAGCCAGUUAUUCCAACAAACAGAGGAUGUGGAUGGGAAGACAGAAAUCAUCAUCAAGCAAUCCUGCGUCAACUGUGGACGGGAGGCCACCAAUGAAUGCACGGGGUGCCACAAAGUCAACUACUGCUCCACGUUCUGCCAGCGGAAGGACUGGAAGGACCACCAGCACAUCUGUGGCCAGACAGCCACGGUGACAGUGCAAGGGAGUGAGGUGCACGUCCCGGACAAUGUCAUGGAGAAGGUCACUGUGUGAGUGCUCUACCUCCGCAGCCGUUCAUGGACACACGGGGCCGAAUGGAUCGGCGACCGGCAGGAGCGGUCUGUCCUGUGCCAACAGCACUCUCAUCACUAGCAGACUCAUUUUUCAUUGACUUUUUGAUACUGUGACAGCAUUUGUCUAUUCCCAAUCCCCUUCCAAAGAUUUGGAUAAUACAGAGACUGUGAAAAUCUCAUCUGGAGCCCUCUCCCUUCCGUCCUGGCCCCGACUGGCUUUGGGAGGCUUUGCCUUUGCCUGACUGGAUCCUCCACCAUGUGGAUUACAGCAGUCUCCUCAUCUCCCUUGAGAUGGAUCUAAAGUAGGUGCUGCAAGGAGAUCUGCCAGUGCUUCCUCCUACCAGGACCUCCUUACCUCUCAUUAGAGAAGAGAAAUGAAUCUUUGGUGUAUUUAAUUGCCUUGAAAAGUUGGUACAGGUUCUUAGUUUGGCAUUGAAACACAGUUUUUCCUGUGUUCCUUCUGUGCUGGGCAAAUCUGGAACACAUUGGAACUUCUCCACUUAAAUAUAAUUGAAAAAUAACAUGUUGUUAAAUAAAAUGCGAUGAAAGCACAA